ACCCCAUCAGCUGUUCAGAAGAUAAAACAGCUUCUUAAAGAUAAACCUGAGCAUGUAGGUGUGAAAGUAGGUGUUCGUACGAGAGGAUGCAAUGGACUUUCUUACACAUUAGAAUAUACAAAAUCAAAGGGAGACUCCGAUGAAGAAGUAGUCCAAGAUGGUGAGUUUCUGAUGCAGCAAAGCAAACUUCUGUGGUGGUGGGAUAGAAUAACCUAUUACAGGUUUGCCAAGAAGAAGGCACAGCUGACACUUCUGGGAACUGAAAUGGACUAUGUAGAAGACAAACUGUCCAGUGAAUUUGUCUUCAAUAAUCCAAACAUCAAAGGAACAUGUGGCUGUGGAGAAAGCUUUAACAUCUGAAAUCUCAGGACUACUUCUUUGACUUUGAACACCCCAAAACAUUUACUAGUACGGCUUUCGGAAGCAAAUGCAUUUUCUUCAGGUUCGUAGGCUGCAUAAAGUGUGUCUGUCAUUAAGAAAAAUAAAUAAUUUUGAAAAUGUAAAUUGUGUGUUAAAUUUCACCACUGAUGUAGUUAUGCAGUAAUUUGUGAUGAGUUUGGAUCCGGAAGGUAAGAACAGUUAAGCAUUGUACUAACUUCUCUGUACUUUCACGUGCCAAGGAAAUAAAAUGUCACUGUUAUUUUCCU